UCGCCAGUGGAGGGCGGUAGCGCUUCUCUGCGUCUCUCGUUCUACGCUAAGCGAGCAGCUUCCGCCUCCCGUCCUGCAGACAGCUCAGCUGCAUCAGCGAGACAGUCAAGAUGGCAGCCCGUCGUGUAGCCCUGAAGGCCAUUGAUUGGGUGGCAUUUGCUGAACGGGUCCCACCCAACCAACGUGGCAUGUUCAAUGCGCUGAAGACUCGCACUGAUGCCAUAUCUGCUAAACUUGCCUCCCUGCCGGAGACUCCUGCAGCCAUCGACUGGAGUUACUACAAGACUGCAGUGGCUAAAGCUGGGAUGGUUGAUGAGUUUGAGAAGAAGUUCAAGGCACUGAAGGUCCCUGAGCCUGCUGACACGCAUACGAGCAGCAUCAGUGCACAAGAGGCCGAGGCUAAUAAAAAUGCAGUGUCCUACGUUGAGGGAUCAAAGGCCCGCAUCGCUCAGUAUGAAGCUGAGCUUGAUAAAUUUAGGAACAUGAUCCCCUUCGAUCAGAUGACCAUUGAGGACCUCAACGAUACCUUCCCUGAGACCAAGUUGGACAAGGUCAAAAACCCCUACUGGCCCCACAAGCCCAUCUCAGAAUUGUAAUCCUACUACUGGAACCUCACGUCACAAUAAAGAUUAUGUAUUUUAAAAA